GUUUGGUUUAACCGCUGAUCUGAGAUCUGUGUUUGUGUUUGUCCUCUAACCGUGGAUAUAACAGUUUGGUCAUCCAAGCUGAUCUGAGACAACCCGAUUAAACGGUCCUUAAGAUGGCAGCCUCCGUCAGACAUUUACUGAAACCUUGGACACCGAGUCUGUGUUUGGUGAGAUGGAGUCGGUAUAAUCCAUACUAUCUGGAUCCUGAUCCCAGUAAAGAUGCUGUUGUCCCAGAAUCAGAGCUCAGUCCUGAAGAUAAAGAGCUGCAGGAACUGAAAACAGUGAGUCCGAUCAAAGCAGCUCUGUCCAGCGACACCAGCUCUGCUUUCAGUGACCCUCUGAUCAGUAAGUUCAUCAACAUGAUGAUGGAAGAUGGAAACAAAAUCCUUGCUAGAGGAAUCAUGACACAGACAUUGGAGACCAUAAAGAGAAAACAGGUGGAGAAAUACCACAAAUCUCCAGCAGCUAAGAGAGAAGAGAUCGAGUGUAAUCCAUACACCGUCUUCCAGCAGGCUCUAGAGAACUGCAAACCCAUCAUUGGACUGGCCAGUGUCCAGAAAGGAGGCAAAUCUUAUCAGGUGCCCGUUCCUCUCACAGAUAAUCGACGGCGUUUUCUGGCCAUGAAGUGGCUGAUCACAGAAUGCAGAGACAACAAGCACCGUCGCACACACAUGUACGAGAAACUCUCACAGGAACUGCUGGCCGCCUUCGCUAACGAGGGAAAUGUAGUGAAACGCAAACACGACCUUCACAAGAUGGCCGAAGCCAACAGGGCAUAUGCACACUACCGCUGGUGGUAGAGAGAGGACGUCUGCGCUCCUAGUUCACCCACAGACGUGACAGCAUCAGGAGUUUGGGAUGGAUGCGCAUCUCAAAAAAGGACAUGACAAAGUAUCUUAUCUCGUCUUCGUGUAAAAGUAAAUAAACCUAUCAAAAGUCACAUUUCCAUUUUUGCCAAGGAUUUUUUAACAAGUUGAAAAGUGUUACAAAAAAAAUCUACAACACUUUUUUUUCCAGUACAGACUCGUAAUCUUGUGCUUAAAAAUAUUUCAUUGUUUCUUUAUUGAAAACAACUGUACAAGUCACUGGUUUGGCCUGAGGAAUCAGUGAGGCCGAAACAGCUGCACAGAAGCUUCAUUUUUGACUUUCAAAUACAACAUUUAGUUAUAUCACCUGACUACAUGUUAACAUUUCAGACCAGUGGAUCUCAUCAGAUUGAAGUGAAUUAAUAAUAAGAAAAAAUAAAUAUUAACGUAACUGUUUGAAUUUA